UCAAGUCAUUAUCCAUUAAACCAUAGAGAUGGCAAAGAACAAGGACGACAUAAAGUAUGCGACCGCUCAAACGAAGCAAUCGGAAGACGAGGCGAUUCGAGUGAGAUACAAACAUGGGACACCACUGGAAGGAGGCAAGAUCGCAGAGUCUGAGCCUGUAGAGCUGUUCUCAAGCGCUCAAGGCAUCGAAAAGGGAAAGGAUCAGGCAGCGUCUGAAAUCACUGGAGAUCAGACACAGAUGCACCGCGACGUUAAAGACGUCCCCGGAACACGUACUGAUGAUAGUAUUCGUUAAACUUAUGUAGCGGAAGUCAUUUCUAUAUGCGUUCUUGUUUGUUGUUUUUCUUAAUAAAGUACGUUUCGAUCA